CUGCUUGAAGACUCUUUAGAAGAACGGUUAGAAAAGACAGGAGGUAUGGUUCCAGAUUCGGAAAAGUUUGAUGGAGAUCCUAAGGAAGGAGAAGUGGAAGAAAACAAGAAGAAGUCAGUUGAAGGUGGAAAACAAGGUGCAUCUCUUAAAAAGCAAAAGAAGGACAAAGUUGGGGUUGCAACAGGGAAAUCUUCUCGUACAGAGGGCAGCACAGUGACAACUGCACCACGUGUCAAACCGGAACUUGCUUUACCUGCUAUUCCUGCAGAGGUAGAACAUUCUAUUCUGGAAGACUUGAGGAACCGUGUGCAGUUGAGUAAUGCAGCAUUGCCCUCUGUUAGCUUCUAUACAUUUGUUAAUACACAUAAUGGACUAAACUGUGCAUCAAUAUCACAUGACGGAUCACUGGUGGCUGGUGGAUUCUCAGACUCGUCUUUGAAGGUUUGGGACAUGGCAAAGCUUGGGCAACAAACUGGUCCAUUACAACUGGCAAACCAGACANGUGAGCAUGUGCUUGGCUCAAGUGGUGGAAGAAGAUGUUAUACAUUAUUUCAGGGCCAUUCUGGGCCUGUUUAUUCUGCGUCCUUUAGUCCGUACGGGGAUUUUCUUCUAUCUUCUUCAUCAGAUUCAACAAUUCGCUUAUGGAGCACAAGGUUAAAUGCUAAUCUUGUUUGCUACAAAGGCCACAAUUACCCAGUAUGGGAUGUUCAGUUUAGUCCAGUUGGUCAUUAUUUUGCCAGUUGUUCACAUGACCGCACUGCAAGAAUCUGGUCUAUGGACAGAAUACAGCCUCUGAGAAUAAUGGCCGGACACUUAUCAGAUGUGGAUUGUGUGCAAUGGCAUGCAAACUGCAAUUACAUUGCAACUGGAUCAAGUGACAAAACUGUACGCUUGUGGGAUGUCCAAAGUGGCGACUGUGUCAGGAUUUUCAUUGGUCAUAGGAGUAUGAUCCUAUCAUUGGCAAUGUCUCCUGAUGGUCGAUAUAUGGCAUCAGGUGAUGAAGAUGGAACAGUCAUGAUGUGGGAUCUCUCAAGUGGACGUUGUAUUACUCCUUUGGUUGGACACUCCUCCUGUGUAUGGUCACUUGCUUUUAGUGGUGAAGGUUCACUUCUUGCAUCUGGCUCUGCUGAUUGCACUGUGAAAUUAUGGGAUGUAACCACAAGCACAAAAGCGCCACUGAAAGAAGAGAACAAACCUGGAAUUAACAAUAGACUUCGAUCAUUGAAGACCCUGCCUACAAAAGCUACUCCAGUCUAUGCUCUGCGCUUUUCUCGAAGAAAUCUUCUAUUUGCUGCUGGAGCUUUCUCGAAGGGUGCAUGAAUCCCUUGCUUUAGAGUUUCUUGAUGUGAGAUCACAUCAUGGCGGCCUUGCAAAAUUUGAUAUGGAAUCUUGGAAUCAUGGCUAGUCAAGUCUUGCAAUUGCCGAUAAUCAUAGUUUCAAUCUGCUAGAGCUCUCUUUGUGGUGUGACUGCUCAAGCAUUUGUAGUGUAGUGUGUGUUCACCAUGGUAGUUUACAGACCCUUUCCUAGUUUCUACUUUUGUGGAUUAUAUUUAAUUUUUUGCUGAACUAGAAAGUGUUUCGCGCAUUAUAGCUUGUGAACACUUCUUCGAAAUUUUCUGUAUUCAGGGGUUUUAAUGAGUUUUACUGAUUGCUUCUACUAUUUGAAUGAAGCAACUACAACUGCCAGGUUUCAGAGACUUGAUC